CUCUAUUCAUAUUAUAUACAAACGUGACAUUAAUUCUACAAGAGGGUUGUUUUUUGUAUCCUCAAAAAACUUCUGCAAAUAUUAGAUUUGUGAAAGGGAAAAAAGAACUUAUUUGUUAAUUCCUGCCUUAUUUUUGUAAGGAGAUUUCCAAUCUCGGACAUUUCUCAGGGGAUUUGUGUGCCUUUAAGAAAUAAAGGAAUUUGUAGAUUAGCAGUGCUUGGUGGAAAGUUGAAAACAGGAUGGAGGGGUGAACUAUGUAAAGUAUGCCACUGAUGUAGCGCGAUAUCUUAGUGGAAUCAAUUUGUCGGUUGGGUAUUAUCAUUCAGGAAUGUAGGUUGUCUGUUUCUUCAGAUCUUCCGAUCAAAUUCCACCUCCAAAAAAUAUCACUGACCGGAGAGCUAUUGCACUCUUUAAUUCCGGCCAGGGGCGUUAAACCAACAAAAGAGCUUCCAAUAAUUUGUACAGCAAGAGAAGAGAGUGACUUCGUUUUUAAAAAGGUUUUUUUUUUUGGAAAGACGUCACUAACUCUUGUCAUUUUCACUUGCCCUUCAAGGAUAAGUGUCACGGAUGUGGAAAUUCGUAUUAAGGAAAAAUUAUUAAGAGGCGCGAACCACAGGAUUCAUUUAUUCAGGAUACGCGAUUUUUCUUCCUGUCUCGGUGAAUGACUGGGAAGCUGAAUUAAGUGUAAAACAUUGCCUUAACUAUCCAUCAUCCAGAAUAAUUUAACACAAAAGAGGACAAGCAUUCCGCUGGAACAAUUUUUAGAAUUCCUCACCACGUGUUCUAUUAAUUGUGGGAUAAAAAAAUUAUGCGUUAACAAAAUCAGUGGAGUCAGGGAAUUGGGUCGCUAAUUCGGUGUCAACAUCCCAACGAGUGUCUGUCUCUUUUUCUCUGUGGGGAAGUCAACGUUUAUAACUGCUUAGGAAUAAAUUUGAUAAUUAUAGUGAUUAUGUGAAUUCUUGCUGGAGUAUAGAUAUACUGGUGUAUAUGUAUAUAAGAGUUAACAUCCCAAAGAUUAUAGGAGAUAUCAAGUGAUUAUAAACCUGGAAUGUUGGUUUUACAGCAGGGAGGAAUUUGAUUUUUUUUUUCCUGUUUUCCCUCACUCUGAGUUUGAGCCAUGCAUACAGAAGGUCGUGUUGGAUUGAGUGAUUCUCCUACCUAUGCUAAUCUCAAUAUGAUUCAAGAUCUGAUGAAUGGCGGACAGUUUUCUAGUGACGAGUACCUGGUGGUAACUGAUCCAGACGGAGUAAAUAUGUCACAGCAGCAGUACCGGGAACCCCCUCCCUACCCCGGCCAUUCCAGACAGCUACAAAAUACACCAGGUCUGAGACAGAGUUUCUCUGGAAGUGAGGCUAGCACGGAUGUUUCUGUGUCUUCAACGGAAAAUCUGUCUACUUCUGUGAGACAGGAGCCCCAGGGAGAGGAGAACCAGUCGACCACUGGUUACCCCCCUCACUUAGACUAUGGGAGCAGUGAUAACGGGUACAGUAUUCUAGCCCGACUUGGAAUGCCCACAACUGCUCUAGAAAUGAAAACCUCAACGAUUUCACAGCCAUAUUACCAAAUGGCCGGACAUUGUGUUCCCCAUCCAACAGACAAUUACGGAUAUUUAAACAAUCCUUGCUGUGGAUCUUCUUUUUCGUGGCAUCCGCAUCAAGUGUCAAACUCGUGUGUUGCCGUAUCAAAAACAACCGAAAAUGUGACUUCUACCAGCGGACAACAGUGGACCAUGGACCAGUUACAGUCUCCUUACUUCACACAGCUUCCCCCACCCCCAGAGUAUCCCGGGUUUCAUGUUGAGAAAACUGAACAGCUGCGACGAUCAUAUGAAACAAUGGAGCGUUGUGAUCCCGCUGAAAUGUCCGCCUGUAAAUCUCAACCUGAUCUGACCCAUUACUGGGAGGCCCACAGCAAAAUGGUGGAACAGAGCCUUCAGAGAGAGGAUCAAAGUACUCCAACCUCCUCCAUUCGUUAUGAAGAUGUAGAUCCACUUACUGCACGUGCCAACAAAAUGAUUGACAUGCUUACAGAGGAAAAUAGGAAACUUCGUGAUGAACUAACAGUGUUUAAUAGAAAAGUUUCAAGACUUCAAAAAUUUGAAUAUGAAAUUCAAAAAGUGCAUGAGGCUUAUGAAUCUCUUGUGAAAUCCUCCCAGAAAAGAGAGAAAUUGGAAGCCAUUAUGAAGAAGAAACUAAAGGAGGAAUUAACGAAACUGCAGGCCACUAACAAACAGUUACAAGAACAAGUGGAUAAAUCUACAGCAGAGUGCGUAGAAGACGGAGAGCAUGUGUCAGACUCAGAGAGAAGUCGCAAGUUUGCUGCUGUGGUCGCACACAACAAGGAGCUGUUGUCUUCCAAAGAGAGGCUGGAGCUGGAGGUGACCUCAUUAAGGACCUCCCUCCAGGAACAGCAAUCUAAGAUGGACAUACUGGACAACGCACUGACUAAUGCCCAGGGCAACGUGGUCAGACUUGAGGAAGAGUGUUGUAAGAAACAGGUGAAGAUGGAACGGCUAGAAAAACUCCAGAAAUCCUUUUCGUGUUUAAAAGCAGCAUGUGAAAAACGGGAACAGUUUGAGAAACAAAUACGGACUCAGUUAGAGAAAGAGGUGUCUAAUCUAAAAGCUCAACAGAAGGAGAGCGGAGCUCCAUCACAGUUGGACACCGCCGCCUCGCAAGCGGAGGCCACCAAUCUCCACUCACUACAGACUCUGAUGAACGAGAAAGAAUCCAAAAUUCUGAAACUGGAGACGGAGGUGAUAAAGUGGCAGCAGAAGUACUUGGAGGAGAGUGCCCUGCGACAGUUCUCUAUCCAGAACGGAUUGUCAGCGGAUCUGUUGGAUUCUGAAGGUUUAACCGACGAGAAGAUGGAGAAGUUGACACAGUUGGAGGAAGUUGUGAAAGCAAGACAGCAAGUGGAGGAGCUCGAAGCAAAAGUAAAGAGCCUGCAGACAGAGCUGGCUGAGAAAGAUGCCAUGAUUCGGGUAUUUCAGCGCUCUGGGCCGAUGACAAGGAGUAGCAGUGUACACACCCUGUCUGGGGCCUCUUCCUCCCUUCUGUCCCCCCGUCCUUACCACCACACAACUUGUUCACUGACCAGACAAGGAACCCUCCCAACCAUCCGCCAUGUCAAAACAGGUAGUACAAGCACUUUGGAGACUGGUCGAGCUUUUUCAUUAGACGAAGAUUUAGUGUCUUCCAUUCAGCAUCUUUCAACAGAGAGCAAGGAUUCCAAUAGCUCAUCUGAGGAUGACUCAGAGAAAGUCUGGCAAGUGUAAUUGCCUCCCUCUGCAGAAAUACCGAAGCUUGUAAUUACCUCCCUUUAUAAAGCUGUUGGAUGCUUGGAUAA